AUGGCACCAUUCUACAACGAUAUUAACAUCGACGGCAAAAGUGGAGUUAGGCAAGGCGAUACCACCUCGCCAAAAUUAUUUACAGCCGCCCUCCAGAACGUCAUACGAACAUUGGAAUGGGUUAAUAUGGGAGUGAAAAUCGAUGGUCGGAAGUUACACCAUGAUCUCCUUGCUGAUGACAUUGUCUUUAUAACACCAAACAUUAGCCAAGCGAAACGUAUGCUUGCCGACUUUGAUAAAGCCCGUGGAAAGACUGGUCUUCUACUAUUUCUUACAAAAAAUGAUGUUUAUGGGGAGCCGAUUGUUUCCGUACGCCCCAUUCACGCUCAACGGAACGAAUAUCUCCGAUUGCUCCAGUUAUGUUACAGGGUAACCUCUCCAGGCGACGCACUUUUGUACAAGGCAGUUGUUGUUGAUAUAACUAUCCAAUGUUAUUAA